AUGCCGGGACGCCUCCUCGAUUUGCCUACACCGAACUCGGAUGGGCCGCUCAAUGCCCACAAGCUCCUCCACCAGUCCUCCAAUCAGAGAUUGUCUGCAGAAGAGGUACUUUCUGUGUUGUUGUUGGCGCCGGACACAAGGUCCAAGCGCAGCCGUGGAGGAGAAAGUGAUGUGUCCUUCCAGUGGUUUUCCGGAGCCUUUGUUCAUGGAGGUUGCUGUGGCCUCCGCGCUGCGUGUCAUGCCUUGCCCUGGACCUCUACUCUCGCGUGCAGGUAUGUGAGCCAGGAGCUGCCUGCCUUCACCUUUGCCUCCGUAGGGGUGUUCGGGGACAUCUUGACUGAGCCCCAUAAGGAUAGCCGCAACGCUGAGGGGUCUCGCAAUGCAGUUAUCCCUCUUAGUGACUUUUCUGGAGGGGGAGUGUGGGUGUCGUGCCCUUCUGGGAGGACUGUCAAGGUGAUUGAUGGCCAGGAGGUCCCCGGGACUGUGCAUGGAUUUGAGCAGGGGCCUAUCCUGUUCUCUCCGCGUGAUCUCCAUGCCACGGAACGCUGGGAGGGGAGUCGGACUGUGCUCGUAGCAUGGACCCCUCGUGAUCUGCACCGCCUUGACCCAAGUGAUAGGGGGAGGUUGCUUGGUCUAGGUUUUAAAUUGGCCUCUCCCACGCCGCCUGAACCUCUGCCUGACGUGACUUUCAGUCUUGAGUUUGGCAUCAGGUGGAGCCCUGAAGAGUUCGUUGCGCAAGCUGCCAAGGUAGAACACCCGUGCCAUCUCAAGCAGCUCGUGCCCCAAGAGUUAAGGGAUGCCAUCGAUGCCAACCUUCGCCAAGGGGUAGCUGCCUUGUGUCAGGACCGGACGGACACUGUCAGAAAGUGGAUUGCCUGGGCGAACGAGCUGACGUCCAAGGAGGAGGAGUUGAAACGGGGCAUGUCGGAAAAUCGCAGGUGUGUUCUUUCCAACAAGCGACUAUUGCUGUUGAGACGUCUUCUAGAAGAGUCAGGGCAUGAAGACCUGGGACUGUUCGACGACACGUGCAACGGUUUCUCUCUUGUGGGCAAGCUGCCCGAGUCGGGAGUCUUCCAGAAAAAGUUCCGGCCGGCUGAGCUGUCGGAGUCGGAUCUCAGGCAGAGUGCUAAGCGGUCUCGUGAAGCCAUCAUCGGAACGCUGGGGCCUUCUCCGGACCCCGUCAUAGAUGAGGGUGUUUUGGCGGCAACACAAAAAGAAGUGCAGGCUGGCCAUGUGCGUGGCCCCAUCUCGAUGGGGGAUGUGCCCCCAGAUGGAACCGUCACUAGGCGCUUUGGGGUACGGCAGGGCGAAACGGAUGCCGGCCCCAAGGUGCGACCCAUCGAUGAUUACAGGGAGUCCCUGGUGAAUGCUGCUGUCGCUCAAACUGAGCAAGUCCCAGUUCAUAGCCUCGAUGUCGUGGCAGCCACCGGUUCGUAUUGGUUGCAGGCUGAGCACGUGAAGUGUGGGGGCAGCGACCUUCAUGUAAAAUGUUGGGACCUUCACGCCGCAUACAAGCAACUCCCUCUUGAUGAUCCUUCGUUUGCCAGGGAUGCCUUCUUUGGGAUAUACAACCCACGCUCACAGCAGAAAGAGCUGUACAGACAGCUGGUCCUUCCGUUUGGAUCCAAAGCGAGCGUGACUGCUUUCAUAAGGGCGGCCUUCGCCUUAUGGAGGAUCGCCAUGCUUUUGCUGAAGGUGGUCUGGACCUUUUAUUUUGAUGACUUUUUGAAUGUGUGCCGUGCCGAGGAGUCAAGGCACAUGGAGAUUGUCAUCAGUAUGUACUUCCAUCUAUUGGGUUGGCGCCUUUCCACGGACAAACUU